UUUUUCUCACUCCUAUACAUUUAUUGCAGAUGGCAGGAGAGCAGCCUGUGAAGAAGGUUAAAAGGCAUCAUGCCAGUCGCAACCCAGUGUUGGCGCGUGGGAUUGGGAAAUAUUCCCGUUCUGCAAUGUUUGCCAGGAAAGCACUAUACAAGCGCAAAUAUAAGGCCCCAGAGACGAAGAUAGAAAAGAAGAGAGAGAAGCCCAAGGCUACAGUGAGCAAAACAGUUGGUGGAGACAAGAAUGGUGGUACACGUGUGGUUAAACUCCGUAAGAUGCCACGUUAUUAUCCCACUGAAGAUGUUCCCCGCAAACUUUUGAGCCACGGCAAAAAGCCUUUCAGCAAACACAAGCGCAAUCUGCGAGCUACCAUCACUCCUGGGACUGUGCUGAUCCUUCUUAACGGACGUCACCGGGGGAAGCGUGUUGUCUUCCUGAAACAACUGCAAACUGGUCUCCUGUUAGUAACAGGUCCCCUGACUAUCAACAGAGUUCCUCUGAGGAGGGCUCACCAGAAGUUUGUCAUUGCCACUUCUACUAAAAUUGAUAUCUCCACCGUCAAGGUACCAAAACACUUGAGUGAUUCUUACUUCAAGAAGAAGAAGCUUCGUAAACCCAAACAUCAGGAGGGAGAGAUCUUUGACACAGAGAAGGAGAAAUACGCAGUGACACAGCAGCGCAAAGCCGAUCAGAAGUUUGUGGACUCGCAGCUCCUGCCUCUCAUCAAAAAAGAGCCCCAGCUCCGUGGAUACCUACACUCAGUAUUUUCACUGUCAAACGGAAUGUAUCCACACAAACUGGUUUUCUAAGAAACAUCACAAAGGAUUAUUAAAAUGCCAUGUAAAUCUA